AUGACCGCUGGGUGGAAACGGAAGGCCGAUCCAGCUAAUGCAGUGGAUCUUACAGGUGAUGGAUUGGACAGUGAAACUCUUUCUCGUCCAGCAAAAGUGGGCCGCAUAGCUCCGCCGGAUCAUAUACAAAAUACUAGCAGUGGAGAACAUUUUGGCGAGGAUGCAACAUUUGUGUCGCUGUCGCAGGCUUCUGCAAUUGAUGGAGAUGAUGCGGAAGCUGAGGAUCUCAUUCAGGGCAGUCAGGACUAUGAAGUGUCAAUAUCCUAUAUUCUCUAUGGUAUACUUCCCACAAAGAUCGUGGGAGUUCGCUACUACAGAGGAAACGCCACCAUUGGAGAGCAUGUCAUUUUAACCAGAGAACCCAACAAUCAGUACGACAGAAAUGCGAUCCGAGUAGACAACGUCAUGGGCCAUCAAAUUGGUCAUAUCCCUAGAACAGUUGCAAAUAAACUGGCAAAGUACAUGGACUCGCGGAACCUUAUCGUCGAAGGCAUCUUAACCGGCAUGAUUGGAGCCUAUGAUUGUCCAAUCGAUCUGAAGUUGUUUGGACCUAGCGAGCCGGCUCUGAGGCGGGAUCUAUCACAGCAGUUGGCAUUCGACAGAAUUCCAUUGUCAGCCUUGAAGAGUUUUGAACGGGAACAAAUCAGACAACAGAGGGAGCGUGAGAAGGCACUCAAACAGGUCCAGAAAAAUGCUCACGCUCUCGCUAAAAGAGGAAUACAGUGGGAUGCUUCUAAUGAUCCCAUGUUUGCCAACCUACAUGGCUUGGAGGGCUUUACUGGGACUGAAAAUUUUGACGACCUCCUCAGCCAAAGUAGCACAUUCAACCCUAGAGACAUAAAUCAAGUUACAGAGAAUUUUGGUCUCGGUGAAACAGACCUCGUGAACAUGCCAAUGGCCGAUACUCCUCCAGCACUUUCGACCAAGCUUCUCCCAUAUCAGCGCCAAGGUCUAGCGUGGAUGAUCGAAAAAGAGUCACCGAGACUUCCUGCUCCUGGCUCACAGGACACAGUGCAGCUCUGGAAGAGGCAAGGUAAUUUAUUUACCAAUAUUGCCACGAAUUUCUCUACGGCACAGGAUCCUCCGCUUGCAAGUGGCGGAAUACUUGCGGACGACAUGGGACUUGGUAAGACUAUCCAGAUCGUAUCUUUGAUUUUAGCAAACUCCACACCGAAGGGCUUGGACUCCCCCAAGACUUCUUUGAUUAUAUCUCCAGUUGGGGUGAUGAGCAACUGGAAGAACCAGAUUGAAGAGCAUACGAAAGCGGAGUGUACUCCACGUGUUCUCAUAUACCACGGCGCUGGAAAGAAGGAAGCCGGUAAGCUCUCCGAAUUUGAUAUUGUGAUUACUAGCUACGGUGCACUCGCGAAGGAAUUCAAUCCGACUGCCAAAAACCCCCCCACAAAAGGAAUAUUCUCAAUGCACUGGCGCCGGGUUGUCCUCGAUGAGGGCCAUACCAUCCGUAGUCCACGUUCUAAAGGUGCACUUGCUGCUUGUACUCUGAGGGCGGACUCCCGCUGGACCUUAACGGGAACCCCUAUUAUAAAUUCUCUGAAAGACCUGUACUCUCAGGUCCGCUUUCUGAAGCUGACCGGAGGAUUGGAAGACAUGGCAGUGUUCAACAGUGUUCUGAUCCGACCGCUUGCCAAUGACGACCCAGGCGCCCGUCUGGUUCUACAGGCUCUGAUGGCCACUAUUUGCCUACGUCGCAGGAAAGAUAUGGACUUUGUUAAUUUGCGCCUACCUCCGCUUACUUCCCGCGUUCUUCGGGUCAAGUUCCAUCCUCAUGAACAGGAGAAAUAUAACAUGUUUCAGUCUGAAGCGCAGGGUGUCCUCUUGGACUACAAGUCAAGGGAUAAGCAAGGAAAUAUUGCUUAUUCCCAUCUUCUUGAGAUUCUUCUCCGAAUGCGGCAAGUCUGCAAUCACUGGGCCCUCUGCAAAAACCGCGUCGACAAACUUAUGAGUCUAUUGGAAAAGAACAAGGUCAUCCCGCUGACUCCGGAGAAUGUCAAGGCCCUCCAGGAGAUGUUGCAGAUCAGAAUUGAGAACCAAGACAUGUGCCCCAUUUGCCUGGAUACCAUGGACCAGCCAGUGAUUACCGCCUGCGCCCAUGCCUUUGAUCGAGGUUGCAUUGAGCAAGUCAUUGAGCGGCAGCAUAAGUGUCCUCUGUGUCGCGCCGAAAUCAAAGAUACAUCGUCCCUCGUUUCUCCUGCGGCCGAACUGGGUGAGAAUGACGAAACCGUCGAUGCUGAUCCAAAUCGUCCUAGCAGUAAAAUCGAAGCACUCGUCAAAGUCCUGACAGCAAAGGGACAGGCAGCGGAUACGAAAACCGUUGUAUUCAGCCAGUGGACUUCAUUCUUGGACCUUGUCGAACCUCACCUUCAGCGAUGCGGGAUCGGUUAUACCCGGAUCGACGGCAAGAUGGACUCUGCGAAACGCGAUAAUUCCACACAAACCUUUAAAACCGAUCCUAACUGCAAGGUCCUUCUGGCCAGUUUGAGCGUGUGCAGCGUCGGGCUCAAUCUUACCGUAGCGAACCAAGCCAUCCUUGCGGAUAGUUGGUGGGCACCGGCCAUUGAAGAUCAAGCCGUCGAUCGAGUGUACCGUCUAGGGCAGAAACGGGAUACGACUGUCUGGCGUCUUGUCAUGGAAGGAAGCAUCGAGGAUCGCGUGUUAGAGAUCCAGGAGACUAAGCGCAAGUUGAUGUCGGCGGCAUUCCGUGAGACGUCUAAGAAGAAGGCUGAAGAUAGAGCUACCAGGGUUGCAGAUUUGGAGAAAUUGCUGAGUUAGGUGGUGUUUGUUUUAAUAUACUAUUUCUUGUUCUGGGGCGGGAUAUGUUCUCCUUUAUUCGUUUUAGGUGCUGGGAUCUUCUUAUACUUAAGUUCCUUUGGGUUCCUUUUUUGAGUUUUAGUAUAUAGAUGUGGGUGCAGCCUCUUGGGAGGCUUAAUUGGUAAAAUCCUCUUGGUUAGAACAACAGUAACAACGCUAAAUAGAAUGUAGA